AUGAUAGGUCCAAUUGCGUUUGAAACGCUAGCGUCAUUGUGUUCUCCUAAAGAACCUAAGGCGGUUCCGUUGGAAGAAAUUAUAGCAACUUUAAAGACACACUAUGCUCCUAAUCUAAAUGAGACUGCUGAAAGGUACAAAUUUUACACCCGCAAUCAAAAAGAGGGUGAGCCGCUUGGUGAAUAUAUUGUGGAAUUGAAGUCUCUGGCUAGUAGCUGUAAUUUCGGCACAUUUUUAUCUGAAGCAUUACGAGACAGAUUGGUAUGUGGUGUUAUUGACAAAAAGUUAAGAGCAAGAUUGCUAAAUCAGAUAUCAUUAUCAUGGGAGGAAGCCCUUAUAGAAGAUCAAACCCAAACUAAUUUAAAUGCUAUGGAAAAUAUGUAUAAUGAAAGGGCAAUACGAAAAACAAGGGUGUAUGAGGACGCGAUGGAAGAAGGAAGUGAGGAUAGUGGCAGCAGUAACUACCCAAUUAAGAGAUUGUCCAAGAGAGGAAUGGUAGAACACGGUAAACAGAAUGGAACAGAGAAGCCAUUUGAUUCAUUAUUGGGUCGCAAUUGGUUGGAUGUUUUAAAAAAAGGUUGGCAAGAGAACUUUAUCGACAAAAUUAACUUAAUCAAGCCUAUAAAAAAUUUGGAGAAACUAAAGAACCUGUUUCCCGUAGUAUUUGCAGAAAGUUCAGCAGAACCCAUUAGAAAAUUUAAAGCAUCUGUAGUUAUAAAGAGUGAAACAGAUCCUAUUUAUCGUUCAUCCUAUGCGGUACCAUAUAGAAUGCGUAAGUUAGUUGAAGAAGAGUUGGCACGUUUAUGUGACAGUGGAAUAAUAGAACCCAUAAAGUAUAGUGAUUGGGCAAGUCCAAUAGUGGUAGUCCCAAAAAAGGAUUCCAUAAGGAUUUGUGUAGAUUUUAAAGUUACGUUGAACAGAGUCUUGGAAAAGGAACAUUACCCUUUACCAACUAUUAAUGAUUGUUUAAGUUGUUUGGCCGGUUCGAAAUAUUUCUGUGUAUUAGAUUUGGCGGGUGCAUACCAACAAGUAGCGCAAAUAACCAGUGAUAACGAUAAAUCUAAAUCUGAGAUUGUUAAAACAGGAAAGCAAACAUAUCAUAGCUUUAAAAAGGGUGAUAUUGUCCUUUAUAGAAAUGUUUUUAAUAAUUUUGUAAAAUGGCUUAAGGCCGUUGUUAUUGAUGUUUUAAGUCCUCAGCGUUAU